UAUUCCAGAAUAGCGCGCAGCGGAGGUGCUGCUUUAUACACGGCUCGGKGGAGCUCUUCCCUCCGGUCAGGGUUGGCUCAUUUAUGUCGGCACUGCUUCGGUUCGGGAGGAUUCUGACCGUUGGCAGGGAGAUGCGGCGCGAUGUUGGCGCUGAAGGAGAACCAGUGUUACGGACUGUCCAGCGGUAAACUGAGCCCCGGCGGCAACGUCUCGGUUUUUCACGUAAAACUCACUGACAGCGCGGCAAAAGCUAUCGGUACCUUUCAGAGCAGCGAGGGCUGCUCUUCUCAUCUAACCAUCUGUUUCAGUGGAAAUGAAGGGAGGAUCACCAUUCCUUGUUCAGAAAUUAGUGAUGAAGUGAGGAUUUUCACCUUCGGYGUGACUAAUGUUGCUCGCAACAAUCCACAUGGCAGCUUUGACUGCAUCAAGCAGCGCGGCGCGCGAGCUGCUGAGGAGCUGUCGUGUCUCGGGGUGAUUCAGAAGAAGAUGACGGUGAACGCCACAGAUGACUCGUACGAUAAGGCCCGUCAGAGCCUGGCUCAGGCCGAGGAGGAGACGCGCAGCCGGGGGGCCAUCGUCAUCAAGAACGGAGCACGCUACCAGGGGAAGAAGGUGAUGGUGCGAGCUCCAGCACCGGCUCUGGCCAAACUGACCAAACCCAAACACUCGUCUCACCCGCUCCUCAGCAGCAUUAAAAGGGGGGUGGGCGCAUCGAGGCAGAGGAAGGGUCCCUGCCCUGGAAACAGGAAGAGUGUGGAGGGCAUCCAGGAGAGGCCCCUCAGGGAGAGAGUCAUGCACCUGRUGGCGCUGAGGCCGUACAAGAGGCCUGAGCUGAUCCUGAGGCUGCAGAGGGACGGGCUGACCGCAGGAGACAAAGACGGACUGGACUCCGUCAUGGUGGAGGUUGGCCAGCCCAGCGGCAGAGAUGGUACCUUUGUUCUGAAGGACAGUCUUUUUAAGGAGCUGCAGAAAGACUGGCCGGGCUACACCACAGGGGACCAGCAGCUCCUUAAACGCAUCCUUGUCAGAAGGCUUUUUCAACCACAACAAAACCUCCUCAUGGUUCCCGAGGCCCAGGUCAGCCCACUUCGAGACACCCCCAACUCCUCACCGGCACACCGGCCGAGACUUGCCCUCAUUGAAGACUGCGCAGAGCCUCUGGUCAGCAAGAAGCUCAGAAUAUCUCACUUAUCAAGCAAAAAGCCAAGAGAGAAUUCAGAGCUGAAGCCGUCUCGACGCUCGACACAGAAAGACGCAGAAGUGAAAGCAGAUGACGGACGAGGAAACUCGCUCGAUCCCAAAAGACUCUUUGACUCCCUGUCAGCAGUUUGUCAGCAGGAAGCAGUCGCGGCUAAACGUCUCGAGCCAACAGAUUGUGCUCAAGAAGGACCUAAAGACCCAACAGGACAACCAAAAACUGACUCUGAUCGCCCUCCGUCUCCUCUGCUAGUCCCUGAUCUGAGCAGACAUGCUGUGAAGAAGAAGAAGAGCAAACACAGAGAGCACGAGAAAGAUGGAUGUAGAGACAGGAAAGAAAGACGAAAAGAUCCCAGUUCAGAGGUUAAAAAUGACGACAAAGUUGCUCUGGACAGCACAGAUCUGAGUGAAACUUUGUUUGACUCUAACGUGCCUCAAGCGGAAACUGACGCAGCCGACUAUUUACUGAAGUACACAGUGAUUUGCAGCCACACGCAGAGGCAGAGUUAUAAAGAAGACUUCAACAAGGAGUACAGCGAGUACAGAGACUUGCACGCUCGCAUCGACAACGUGACGCGCCAGUUCAUGGAGCUGGACACGCAGCUCAAACGACUUCACCACGACUCGCAUAAGUACAAGACGGUUCGGAAUAAAAUUCUUCAAGAGUACCGGAAAAUUAAAAAGUCGAACCCUAACUACAAUGAGGACAAGGUUCGCUGUGAGUACCUCCACAACAAACUGGCUCACAUCAAGAAGCUGAUCUCAGACUUCGACCAGCAGCAGCUCGCAGCAGAUCGACACUUUCCCGAAUGAAGAGCCGGACUCGAGGAAAUUUGUCGAGGGAACGUUUCGAGGCGAGCAAAGCUCUGCCGAGCUCAGUGCCGACAACUCGCCGUUUUCACGGCCAAACCUGGUUGAGAGAGGUCUGCAGCAGAAGUGCCAGRGAGCUUUGGAGCGGCUCUUUAAAGGGCUGCUACGACACUAAGUGGGCACGGCUGCAGGCGCAAAACAGAAACGGUUCUGCAAAAGCUGUUUAAAACGAGAAACAGGUGUAGAGAUAAGGUGCUAAACCUAAAAACAUUUGUAGAUCCCCAUCAAAUGUACUUUUUGUUUAGGUGAAGUAUCGUUAAUGUGCUCUGUUAUCUGGUUCAGUGUUCUGCUGACAAAUCUGCAUGCUGUAUUCAGAAAGAUCCCAGGAUUUGUCAGGGGAGGAUUUUCUUUUCAUGGCAGCUAUGAUGCAGACGUGUCCUGAGAAAACGCCCGUCCAUCAGUAUUUCCUGGGUUUAGUGGAUCAUCAGUGUUUGUUUUUCACUGGUCUUAUCCUUCCAUUGUAUUUUUCUUUCUUUUAUCAUCAUAAAGCGUUAGCUUUAAGUGUAAGUGGGGAAUGUAAAUUAUGAGCCACGCAUUUAGUUAUCUUAAAAUUUUAUUUACUGACUUAUAGGCUGAGAUGUGGGGGGAKAUGCAUGCUAUGUUUCUUACAGAACGCAUGAUGAAUAAAUCAAAAUAUGUUGUCAGGUUUUAUCAAAUAAAUUUAUAUUGUUUUGUGUUUGGUUUCUAUA